UUUCGAUUAUGUCCCCCCCUGAACGGGACACAGCAGCAACUGCUGGUUUGACACGGUGCAUCGGAUCAAACAUGCAGUUUUUCAGAUGAUCUGGUAUUCUAUGACACUGUAAGCUGCACUGUGGAGACAAUAUGGAACCUUCAUCACACUCAAGUAGAAGGAGUAGCAGAGAUAUUGAGAGCGAUACAAGGCCAGCCAAACGCAGACAUGUGUCUAGUGACAGCAGCAGUGAUGACACUGACUCCUCGUCAGAUUCAGACGUGGACAGAUACAGGAAGAAGAAGAAAAGGCACAGGGACUCCUCAGAUUCAUCAUCAUCAGAUGAUAACCAUCGGAGGAAGAGCAAGAAACACCACAAGCAUAAGCACAAGAAGAAGAAGAAGAAGAAACACUCCAAGGACAAGGGACCAGUCCAGCUUUCUAAGUAUAUGAAAGAGAAGGGCGCCCGCAGUUCCAUCUCGGGAAAGAAGAUCAAGAUGAAGGUGAAGAAGUCCAAGCAUGAUAAGCAGCGAGACAAGAACCGAGCCCAGCUGCUGCAGUUUCUGAAUGAUGCACUGUGAUAGAGGAGGAUAUUGCUUUAAGACAUGGUACUGCUGCUGGAAAUUCUACGUAAUAAAGAAUGGAAAUCCA